AUGAGGUUGGAUCAAUUUGAGGUGAAUCCAAUGUCUUCUUUCAGAGAAGAGAUUAACAAAACCACCUUUGGAGCUUUCAUUGAAAUAGACCCUCAUCGUGAGAAUAUUUCAUUGAGAACCUUGAUAGACCAUUCUAUUGUUGAAAGUUUUGGUGAUGAAGGAAGGGCGUGCAUCACUGCAAGAGUUUAUCCAGAGUUGGCUAUUGGUGAAGAAGCCCACCUUUAUGCAUUUAACUAUGGCUCUCAAAGUGUGACUAUCACAAGUCUCAGCGCUUGGAGCAUGAAGGCAGCUCAAAUCGCUCCGAUUCAAAAAAGAAGACGACCUCCAGUGACUUGA